GACGCCACUACACUGUCACACACUACUGGUACAUUGCUCGCCAGUGUGAUGGUUGCUACCCCAGUGUACACUUCACCACUGCCUUAAAACACCCACACCACACCCCUCCACACCUACAAAAACCCACUGGAUAAACCGUUUAAAAGAGCUGCCUUAAACCACGUUUAAAGUGCUGGCCAGACGCCCCUCUGUCACCCCCUGUGUAAAAUAAAUGCCAAGAGAAGCCUAUUUCUGGUGUCUGCAAAGGUGUGUUGUGUGUAGGGCAGCCUGUCCAUGUGUGUCUCAGUGCUACCAUAGUGUGUGGGAGUGAUGGUCCUGCUGCCACGGGACCAUAAGUACAGUGAUCAUCCAUGGCCCUCGUCGCUGAGCAAAUGACAAGAUGAUGGUCAGUUGUGGAAGGUGACGUCAGCACUCUGGGUGGGGGUGGGGGCGGUGUUAUGAUGUCAUCAGGCCCCCACAGGCCUAAGGCCUAGCCACCCCCCCACACAGAAUAGACCUCCCCCCCACGAAGCAUGGGUGCUAAACUAGCAUGUGUGGGGGACGGGAAUCAAGACACCAGCGUGGGCACCACAACAAUGGGCAUCAAGGGUACCCACGACGCUGCUAACCCACAGGAGGAGGAGGAUGCUCAGGGAGGAGAUGAAGGGAGAGAGGAUGCUGCCGGAGAUCACAGGAAGCUUCUGGAGCUCUGUGCUUCUCUCGCGGACCAAGAUGCUGAUGGUAUACAAAUAAAGCUCAAUACUUAUUUGUCAGCUGUGUGUGAGGCGAGGCUGACCUUCCUCAUCCUCGUCUCUGCUGAUGAGGAGCUGACAGUACACGUCCUGGGUCCUCAUCGUCUCUCCUGCCCACUCACAAUACCGGUCAACAACAACAGCUUCAACAAGGCCCUGACCUCCCGGCGUCCCAUGACCCUGGCUGACAUGCAGCCCUCGCACCAGGAGGACCUUUGGAGGCUCUUGGGCCUCCUUCACGAGGCUGACGGCAUCAGCAGCGUCCGUAGAGUGUCCAUGGACCCCGCCGCAUCUCACGCCGACCGCCGGGGUUUCAAGAGCGCCGCCCGCAACGGCUCCGCCAGGAGCGUCGACGAGUCCACCUCCAGAUUCAAGGUGCUGUCCAGGGACCUGUCCGUGGACGUGUCACGAUCUGGGCUCAAGGGAAGCUGGGGCACGGACUACCACGGACUCGCCGCUACGCACAAGUACCACAGGGCCUCGCUGCCCGCUCACCGCACACAGAAGGGGAGCAGGGAGAGCUUCGAAGACGCGUCUCCGCUUCCCACAGCCUCCCAGCAGAGCAUGGAUGCCGGAGACUCUCUCCCCGGCAUGCCUCUCCCAGAGUCCAACAGCUCAAAGGCGGCCUCGGCGGAGUCCUCGAGCAGAGCCAGCAGAGAGUCCUUCUGGCCGAGGUCACUGCUAUGCGUGCCCAUCAGUGCCCCGGGCAAGGACACCACGGACGUGCUGGCCUGCCUUGUCAACAAGGUUCCUGCUGGGGACUUCUCUCAACGUGACGUGCUCAAAGUGCAGGAGUGUUUCAGGUACACAGUAGGGAUGCUGUUAAACACUGCCACAGCAGAGAGGGAGAGACGUCUACGUACACAGUGCCAGGCACUUCUGAAUGUAGCACAGAACCUCUUCACCCACCUGGAUAACGUGACGGUGCUGCUGAGGGAGAUCAUGGCUGAGGCGAGACAGCUGACAGCAGCUGAGAGAUGCUCACUCUUCCUGCUGGACCGCGAGCAGAACCAGCUGGUAGCCAAGGUCUUCGAUGGUGAGAGCAAGGAGGAGUCACUAGAGGAAGUACUGCUGCCAGUGGCUACUCUCAUACCAGGACUCGUCAUCUCGGGAAGUACCUGGGCACUGCCCAUACCUGUGUUGGCUAGGAUAGCUGGGCCUGUGGCCACAACUGGCCACCUCAUCAACAUUAGAGACGCCUACGCCCACCCUCUCUUCUACCGAGGCUUCGAUCAGUGCACCGGCUUCAAGACCAGGAACAUUCUGUGCUUCCCCAUCAAGGAGAAUGGUCAGGUGAUCGGUGUGGCGGAGCUCUGCAACAAGACUACUGGUCUACACUUCACCAGGUUCGACGAAGAACUCGCCACGGCCUUCAGUAUCUACUGCGGCAUCUCCAUCAGUAACUCUCUCCUCUACAAGAAGGUCUUCGACACACAAGUUCGCUCCAAGCUCUCCAACGAACUUAUGAUGUUCCACAUGAAGGUGACGCAGGAGGAGGUGACCGGCUGGUGA